GGAGAGCAGAUUAUCUCAUUCAUUCGGUGGACCUAGGAAGCUGUGGCUGGAAGCAUGUGGUGCAUCCUGCGAGGCUGGCACCAAGGGAGCCUGGGCCUUUGGGGUGCCCUGGGCCAGCAGCAGUGGCUCCUAGGAACCCGUGCUUUGGCCAGUGGGGGACCUCGAAGCAGAGACGAAUAUAACUAUGUGGUGGUGGGUGCAGGCUCAGCGGGCUGCGUGCUGGCAAACCGACUCUCAGAGGACCCCAGCAAGAGCGUGCUUCUACUGGAGGCUGGGCCCAAGGACACAUAUGCGGGGAGCAAACGCCUCCUGUGGAAAAUCCACAUGCCCGCGGCCUUGGUGGCCAAUCUGUGCGAUGACAAAUACAACUGGUGCUACCACACAGAGCCCCAGGCUGGCAUGAAUGGCCGUGUGAUGUACUGGCCACGAGGUCGAGUGUGGGGUGGCUCGUCCUCCCUCAACGCCAUGGUGUACAUUCGAGGACAUGCUGAGGAUUAUGAGCGCUGGCAGCGGGAGGGGGCAGAGGGCUGGGACUACGGGCACUGCCUGCCCUAUUUCCGAAAAGCUCAGGCCCACGAGCUGGGCCCAGACACCUACCGUGGUGGCCAGGGCCCCUUACACGUGUCCCGGGGCAGGACCAACCAUCCACUACACCGGGCAUUCCUGGAGGCAGCACAGCAGGCUGGCUACCCCUUCACUGAUGACAUGAAUGGCUUCCAGCAAGAAGGCUUUGGCUGGAUGGACAUGACAAUCCACAAAGGCCAACGUUGGAGUGCAGCGUGUGCAUAUCUGCACCCGGCCCUAAGUCGCCCCAACCUGAAGGCUGAAGCCCGGGCAUGGGUGCAAAGGGUGCUGUUUGAAGGCACUCGUGCUGUGGGCGUAGAGUAUGUCCAGGAUGGCCAGAGCCGAAGGGCUUAUGCCAGCCAAGAGGUGAUUCUGAGCGGUGGCGCCAUCAACUCCCCACAGCUGCUCAUGCUCUCGGGCGUCGGGAAUGCAGAUGACCUCAAGAAGCUGGGCCUUCCUGUUGUGUGUCAUCUCCCUGGGGUUGGCCAAAAUCUGCAGGACCACCUGGAGAUCUAUGUCCAACAGGCAUGCACACAGCCCAUCACCCUACACUCGGCACAGAAGCCUCUGAACAAAGUCCAGAUUGGGCUGGAAUGGCUCUGGAAAUUCACAGGGGAUGGAGCCACGGCCCACCUGGAGACAGGUGGCUUCAUCCGCAGCCAGCCUGGCAUCACCCACCCAGACAUCCAGUUCCAUUUCCUGCCAUCCCAAGUGAUUGACCAUGGACGGGCACCCACCCAAGAGGAGGCAUACCAGGUACAUGUGGGGACCAUGAGGGGUACGAGUGUGGGCUGGCUCAAACUGAGAAGUGCUAACCCUCAGGACCACCCCGUGAUCCAGCCCAACUACUUGUCAACAGAAGCUGACAUCAAGGACUUCCGUCACUGUGUGAAGCUGACCAGAGAAAUCUUUGCCCAGAAAGCCCUGGCACCAUUCCGGGGGCCAGAGCUUCAGCCUGGCAGCCAUGUGCAAUCGGAUGAGGAGAUCGAUGCCUUCGUGAGGGCCAAGGCAGACAGUGCCUACCACCCCUCAUGUACCUGCAAGAUGGGGCAGCCCUCUGACCCCACCGCUGUGGUGGACCCACAGACCAGGGUCCUCGGGGUGGAAAACCUCAGGGUGGUUGAUGCCUCCAUUAUGCCCAGCGUGGUCAGCGGUAACCUAAACGCUCCCACCAUUAUGAUCGCGGAGAAAGCUGCCGACAUCAUCAAGGGGCAGCCUGCCCUGUGGGACAAGGAUGUCCCAGUCUACAAGCCAGGGACACUGGCCACCCAACGCUGAGCCAUCUUGUCCCCAGAAGGCUCCGGGGAGUCCAGGCUGAUAUGGUUCCUGGUGUGCUUGGCUGUUCCUGUCUUGAACAUUGGGAUUCCAUGGCUGAGGCCUGCCUGGGGUGUUCAUUAGAUCAUGCUGGCAGUGCAUCAGUGUCUCUUCCAGCCUCUCUCUGAAGGCUCUAGUGGAAGUAGAAGACUGACAUUUUGACCUGGGGAUUCUUCUCCUUGCCUCCCAGGGGGGCCACAGUGGGAGAGGGAAGAUAGAGGGCCCAUGGUCAGGAUCUGCCAUAUAUUUUUCCUAUACCCAUGGUGCUCCUAUUCCAGGUUUUUGCCUGGAUUUGGGGAAAUGGCUCCCCAUCAGACCUCUCUCUGAAGACAAACUUCGAUCCCCCUUGAGCAGAGGGGGUACACCCAGACUCCCCAAGGCUGCAGCUUCCAUGCUGGGAUGCUAGCUGGACUGAGGCCAAGCAUCACUCAGAAACUCAGAGGCAUGCACAGGGCUGGAGAAACAGCCAAUCUCUUGCCUCUUAGUUUCUGUCCUCACUACAGUGAGGCAGGAGUUGGGGUUCAGCUGGGGCCCUCUGAGGGGCUUUCUGGUCCCCCACCACAACCACAGCACUCCAGAGCUAAUGAAAUAUUCUGUCAGGAAAGGGGGGAGGCAUUUUGGUCAGCUCCCCAGGCCUCAUGAUGGAGUAUUUUCAGUACUUGUCCUGUUCUCAGGAACCCCAGGACCAUGCCAAUCCCACAAACCAAUCUCACUCCAAGCAGAAGCAACUAGUCCGCUGGGCGCCUCCUCUCAGCUCAGGAAGCCCCUGCAGUGGCCAGGGCUGGUUCAUUCUUAUUCUCUAGAUGUCCACAGGAAGAGGCCAGGACAGAGCCAACUCCCAGAGAGAAUAACUGUAUGCUCAGCGUCUGUACGUAUGCAGUUGAAUGGAAGGAAAAUAAAUUGAUAAAGAAAAAGA